AUGUCUCCUGAAAGACUGGACAAAACAACAGUAUGCAACAUAAUCAAUGAAACAACAAAGGCUAUUUGGGAUGUUUUGCAACCAAGUUAUUUAAAGGCACCAGAAAGUUCAGAUGAGUGGGAAAAAAUAGCAAAUGAAUUUGAAAAUGAGUGGAAUUUUCCUAAUUGCAUUGGGGCAAUAGUCGGCAAACAUGUAUGCAUUGAAGCUUCUGUUUCAAGUGGAUCUGCUUACUACAACUACAAAAACUAUCAUAGUAUGGUUUUGCAAGCCAUAUGUGAUGCAAAAUACUGCUUUACUUUGGUAGAUAUAGGUAGCUAUGGUAGAGGUAAUGAUGCAUCUAUAUUUAAUGAAAGCGAAAUGGGUAAAGUUUUUAAAUAUAAUUUGUUCAAACUUCCCAAGAACCGACAGCUAUCAAAUGGCACACAAGUACCACCAGUGCUAGUUGGUGAUAAUAUUUUUGCGAUAAAACCUUGGUUAAUGAAACCUUUUUCUGGUAAAAACUUAACAACCAAGGAACGUAAUUUCAAUUAUUGA